UCGGACUUCAAGUGCUCAUGCUGUGAUGGAGUUGUCGAACGUUGCCGACAACGAUGGAAAUCCGAGCUCAGCGUGUUCGCUUUGAACAAGGAAAAGGAUGAUAGGGGACGAAAGAACGUACUCGGAGACCGAAUCUGACAGCGUUCUGCGAUGCUCCAAGGGCAUGCGCAUUCUCAAAUCUAUAGCCUUCGAAUUCAGGGCACAAGAUCUCACCUCAAUCUGAAUCAAGAUAUCUCAAAGCAGUCUUUUUUCUUGCCUUUUGUGACUUCUUCCUCUUUUUAUUUCUCUCUGCUCCCUCCAGUCUUUUGCGCACGUCUUCUACCAUAUCGCAUUCAUCACAGUCCCAACCUUCACGCUGUCGAGAAGACCUCAUACAUCAAUGACAUCAGCUAUCAUUCCUCCAGCUCAGGCUUUUUGUUGCAUAUCGUACAGCUGCCACCUACGCAAUGCCUUUCAAUUACUGACUCGCUAGGUACAUAUAUACAUAUAUAUACAAUGAUACAUACAUACAUAUCCUCCCCCCCUUUCCUCGCAGCGCGCGCGGCCGCACCUCCACCGUUAAAGCUAAGAUCUACAUACAACCCAGAGAUCGCGGAUCCCUGCUGAUCUCUGUGUUUGUUGCAAAUCGCAUUCUGCGCCCUGGGUGGCUUUGUUGCACGUCGUAUGAUGAUCCCACAUGGGCCUGUUUGUGGGGAGGAAUGAUGGCGGGAAGGAAGGAGAUAGAUAAUCACAUCCGUAUAUAGCUAAUAUUCAGUGACCGUCGAUACGCGAUACCGGACGGCCCCUAUUAAUAUCAUCAGUCCA